AUGACGCAGAGUGGACAGCAGCCAGCAGCAACAGGUGGUACUCAGGUGCCUUCUUUGAGAUGCACAGAAGAACCGCCUCAGACUGCUUCGGCAUCCGAGGUUGCAGCAGCAGUGCCUACGACAGAAGCAACAGCGGCAGCCGCACAGCCGCCACCAGCUGCCAGUGCUGCUGCUAUUGGUGCAGUCGUUGGGGAAGAAGCUGCAGGGAGAACAGAAAUUGUAGCUGCGGAGAAGCACCGAAGCGUUUUGAUGGGAACUUCGGUUGCGGCAACGUCACAGUGGAUGCAGCUUGGCGGCGGGCAACAGGAAGGGGCUACUGGCGUUGCUGCACUUCCUCCCGUUGCUGCACUUGAUCCUGCCGCUGUUCUUGUGCGUGCUUCUGCUUCGGGUUUCACUACUUCAGCUUCUCCGGGGACUAAUAUUGCUUCUGAAGGCUCUUCUCUAGGCUCUGCUCCUGGAGUUUAUGUUGCCUCUCCUUUUGCCGCUGCCACUGUACAUACUGCUGCUGCGCUGCCACAGCAGGGCUUGCCUAAAGGUGCGGCUUCACAAUCCCCUGUACAACAGAAAGAGGAAAGCCGUGAAGUUCUUUUCGCAGCAGGUCCUCAAUCAUCAAUUCCAGCUGAGGCAUCAGCAAGCUCGCGAGGAGCAGCAGCGGCAACAAUAGCUACACAAAAAGCAUCAGCAAGAACAGCACCAGCAGCUACACCCACGACAUCUUCAUUCGCACCGCAGCAGGACCCAACCACAGCUUCCCUGCUAUCUCGCAGGCAGCAGUUGAGAGCCUCAAUCGAAGCUAUGUGGCAGCGGGAGACUGCUCAAAGCAGCCGCAGCAGCAUCGCCUACCGCCGCAUUAGAAGUGAAGACAUUGAUGCUGUGGCUGCUGCUGUUGACCUGGCUCUCGAGUUGGAGGGCCCCUUUCCUGAUAAUCGGGCGCCAGCAGCAGCAGACACAGCCUCCAGCAGCAGUCACGUGAGCAUGCAAGCCGAAGCUUUGGCUGCUGCGGCGGGCACAGCAGCAGCAGCAGACCUGGUGGCUCAGGCCUACAGACACCAGGCACCAGGGGAUACCUCAAGAAGUGGCGGCAGCAGCACAGCAACCGCAGAAGCAACUACUGCUGCAGCUAUUGCUGCUGCAGAAGCGUUCCGUCAAGGCAUCCGCAGCAGUUCCACCUGCCUGCCAGAGCAGGCAAUGCACCAAGAACAGCAGCAGCAGCAGCGACAGCAGGAGGAGACUAGGGACUUGGUUAUGGAAAAGCAGCUGAAGUGCCUGCGGCUGCUGCUGCUGACGGGCUGUCUGAACCAGUGGUGGAAAGACCAUACAAAUCCAGAGGCAUUUCAGUUCCAUUUUGCCUUGCUUUUGUCUGCGUCUGUCGAGUCUCUAUUUGACGUUUAUCUAAAAAUUAUAUUUGCACCGCUUCUACAAGGCAGACUCUCCUCAGCUGCGAGCAGCCAGCAGCAGCAGCCGCUGCCGCAGCAACAGCAGCUAGGUGCGGAGACCCAUGGGACAACUUUCACCCCAAGCAGCAGCAGCAGCAGCCACAGCCGCGGCGGGGAUGAGCGUAGAGAUCAAACUGCAGCAGAGAGGAGUCUUGAAAUGGACGAAAUCGUGAUGCUGCUUUCCAGAGACCCCACGCGCAGCGGGAGCCUUGUUGCGGCGGCUGCUGAAGUGUGCAGGGCCCUUGAGUGGGUAUAUACAGCGUGCAGAGGUGCCGAGACAGCCCAGGGCCCCUCGAACUAUCCAGAGGCCAUAUUUCCCACUCCUUCAGUAGCAGCAGCAGCAGCUACUGCUGCGAGCAGCUGCCAAAGUUCUUCCCAAGGGGCUUUCGCGUCUUCAGCCUUCCCUGCUGCACCAACUGCUCCUCCUACUGGCUCUGCUGCUGCUGCCCGCACCAUUCCUGUUGCUGCUGCUGCUGGUUUUGGGCUGAGCUGCGGCGUUCACGCAGCACAGCAGCAGCAUGCAGUGCGAUUCGAGGGUCCUUCCUCUGAUAUAGGGAAAGAUGCAGGAAGGGAGACACAGCAAACACAGAAGAUGCAGAUGGAUACUUUGGGGCCCUCGCGGGACCCCACGGAGCAGCCUGGGGAUCCCCUAAUGCUACUUGAGGAUCCUCUUAACUCGAUGAGGCGAGAGUUCGACGACACCAUCAGGCAGCUCAGCAGUGGCAGCAGCGGCAGAAGCCGUGGCAGCACGUAUAGCGGUAGCAGUAGCAGUAGCAGCAGCAGCAGUUGCAGCAGUUGUAGCGGCAGCAGUAGCAGCAGUAGCAGCAGCAGCAGCAGCAGUAGUAGCAGUAGCAGCAGCAGCAGCAGAAGCGGAAGCAGCAGCGGCAGCAGCAGCAACAGCAGUGGCGUGUCAUCUACAGAGCAUCUGCUGCGAACCCUUGAGUCUUUCCUGAGCAGUCGACGGCUGAAGAAAAGGCAUAUGGGUCCCUCUGUCCAACAAGAAAGCCUCGAGAAACACGGGGUGGGGGCUGGCGGAGCUGCUGGUGCUGCUGCUGGUAGUGGCCGCCGCGGCACUCGAGGGCACCGUGGGAAACGCAGGCCUAUAAGCGAACAAGCAGUAGCGGCGGCGACUUCUGCAUCAGCACCAGCAGCAGGAGCUCAGCAGCACCAGCAACUAGUCCCCCCAGCAGCAGAAGAAUGCAGCAGCGCUAGUGCCUUUUCUCCGCGAGCCUUCACGAGCUUGCAGCCACUGCCUGAUGUUGGCAAUGAGCUUUUGUGGGGUGCCUCCGACCCCGGUGUCUCUGGUAGCUCUGCAGCAGCGACUGCCGCAGAUGCAGCAACUCCAGCAGCAGCAGAAGAGGGAUGGCAUUUUACCGCGGGUGGCAGCCCAGGCAGCUCUUCCUCCGCUUCACACUUUCCAGCGUCUCCUGGCCUAGCAGCAUUGUUGUUGGGUGAGGAGCACAGGGGUUCCUCGACUGCAGCCGUAGGAUUAGAUAUAUCACAAAGUACUGCAGAAAGGCUGUAUGAGCAACAACAGCAACUCCUGCUACAGCUGCAGCGUCACCCACUACAUCUUGAAGCGCAGGAGCAGCUGCUGCUUCAAAGACAAGCAGAGCAAAGCUACGAAGCCUUCGCCACCCGCCGGCAACAGCAACAGGAAGCACUUGCAUCUGCUAGCAGUAGAGAAAGUCCCUUGUAUGCCCCCCCAAGAGCAGAGGCAGAAGAAGCUUUGACUGAGCGACGGCAGCUGGGACUUAGCACUCAGCAACGGCACGAGAGAGAAUUGCGCCAGCAGCAGCAACAAGAGCAGGUAGAAGGCUCAGUCCAGAUAACGCGCAGCGGCAGAAGAGUUACAUUUGCUUUUAAUGUGUCUGACGUCGCAAGAGACGAGGAAAUAUCCGCUUCAGCGGCAGCAGCUUCCAUGGCAGCAGCAGCAGACAGUCGACGCAGCAGGAAGUCUAGUGGCUCCGCGGCUCAGCAGCAGCAGCAGCAAUAA